UCGAGCUGCUAAAAGGCUCCAAAUGUGACGUGAAGGGCGGCAAGCGAAAGCCAGGGGCAAAGGGAGGUCGGGCGGGAAAAGCUCGCACCGCCAAGUGCCAGCUUAUUCCGAUUCCAAGUUCACUGUUCUGAGUUUUGAAUCCUCUGUUUUCCUCAAGAUCCUGUUAAUUAAGAUUCCCAGGGUGCAAUUUUUGGUCACUUCAAAUGGAUAGUGAAAGCCCAGGCGAGGCAAACAAAACCAAGUCCAAGACCCCCCGAAAAACAAAGGAAAGCCUUCUGAAGCAGAAAUCUCCGGCCGAGUUCUUCGCAGAGAACAAAAACAUAGCUGGAUUUGAUAAUCCUGGGAAAUGCCUAUAUACCACUGUCAGAGAGCUUGUUGAGAAUUCCCUCGACUCAGCAGAAUCUAUAUCUGAGCUUCCCGUUGUUGAAAUAAUUAUUGAGGAGAUAGGGAAAAGCAAAUUUAAUUCUUUGAUCGGACUUGUUGACCGUGACCGGAUUGAUGCAGAAUUAUAUGAUGAUUAUGAAACAGACAAGGCUCGUGAGAAACGGUUAGCAAAGGAGGCCCGUGCUCAAGAAAUACAAGCAAAGAAUGCUGCCCUUGGAAAGAAAGUGAAAGAGCCCGCAGCUUCCAAGGGAAUUAGGGGUCGAGGUGAGGCUUCUUUUUACAGGGUCACAUGUAAGGAUAAUGGAAAAGGAAUGCCACAUGAUGACAUCCCAAAUAUGUUUGGCCGAGUUCUUUCUGGGACAAAAUAUGGCUUAAGGCAGACACGAGGAAAAUUUGGUCUUGGUGCAAAGAUGGCUCUAAUAUGGUCUAAAAUGAGCACUGGGCUUCCUAUUGAAAUCCUGUCAUCAAUGAGAAACCAAAGUUAUACUUCAUUUUGCAGGCUGGAUAUAGACAUUCAUCAGAACAUUCCACAUGUGCAUUUACAUGAAAAAUGGGAGAACAAAGAUCGCUGGCAUGGAGCUGAAAUUCAAGUGGUCAUAGAGGGAAACUGGACAACUUAUCGUUCAAAAAUAUUGCAUUACAUGAGACAAAUGGCUGUUAUCACUCCUUAUGCACAGUUUCUAUUUAAAUUUGUGUCCGAUGCGCCUGAUAAGAAUGUCACUAUAAGGUUUGCUCGGAGAACAGAUGUAAUGCCACCAGUUCCGCUUGAGACAAAGCAUCAUCCAUCAUCUGUUGAUUUGCUGCUAAUUAAACGACUUAUUGCUGAAACUUCGAAGCAGAACCUUUUGCAGUUUCUGCAGAAUGAAUUUGUGAACAUUAGCAAAUCCUAUGCUGAAAGACUGAUAGGGGAAAUGGGUCCUGAUUUCAGCCCAAAAAUGGCUGUGAAGUCUUUAACUUCUCAGCAGAUAGUACGCAUCCAUCAGCUGCUUCGUCAAGCUAAGUUUGAUGAUCCUAGUGGUGAUUGUCUUAGUCCUGCUGGUGAAUACAAUCUUCGCCUGGGAAUCAUAAAAGAGUUGCACCCAGACAUGGUUGCAACCUAUUCAGGCAGCGCCCAAGUAUUUGAAGGCCACCCAUUCAUUGUUGAAGCCGGGGUUAGUGUAGGCGGAAAAGAUGUCAAGCAAGGUCUGAAUAUAUUUCGAUUUGCAAAUAGGAUACCCUUGCUUUUUGAGCAAGGUGCUGAUGUUGUCACCAGGAGUGCAAUGAAGAGAAUCAACUGGAGCAGUUACAAAAUCAACCAGAUGCAAGAUAAGAUUGGUGUUUUCGUAAGUGUUGUGAGCACGAAAAUUCCCUUCAAAGGGACUGGAAAGGAAUACAUUGGAGAUGACAUAACUGAUAUUGCUUCUGCUGUUAAGUAUGCUAUUCAGCAGUGUUGCAUCCAAUUAAAAUCCAAGAUAGUAAAAAAGAUGCAGGCCCGAGAGCAGCAGGAGAGGAAACGAAAUCUAAGCAAGUACAUUCCAGAUGCUAGUGGUGCAGUCUACAGCGUUUUGAAAGAAAUGGCACAGUCGCAUGCAUCAAAGAAAAGUCGUUACAGUGAUGACAAUGUGGAACUUCUGAGGAAAGUAUCUGCUGGUUUAAUUACUAAAGAAACACUGAGUGAAAAGCUUGCUAAACAUGUUGAACAGGUGGACUAUGAAAUGGCGUUGGAGUAUGCCACGCAGAGUGGAGUUAGCGAGGAACCCAGGGAAACAAUAUAUAUUCAGUCACUUGAAGCUGAAAAUAAGACGAUUGAGUUGCGUGCUCCAUUCUUUGUCUUCAGAGUCUUUCAAUAACAGACGACAAAGAAAAUUUGUUUUGCCAAAUUUAAGUUUAAACUUGUGUCAGAGCAUUAUCGUACAAGAAGGAACAGUUAUUGUAUCUUUUCGUGUUUUAGAAAAAGGAAUGAAUUUAAUUGUGUUAAGGGG